AAUAAUUUGUCUUUCAAUUUAGUUUACAAUUAUUUGUUUCAUUUUUCAAAUAAUAUUUUUUUCGUUCAAAACAUUGUUGAAUAUAAAUAUUUUUCAUUAAGUGCUCAACGGAAAAAUAUUUGUUUGGAUGAAUGUACAAUUUCGAGCAUGCCUGCGCAUGCGUAUUAAACAAAAAAAGCGACGACCAGCCACCUGAUCUUCAAGUCAACGGUGGAUCGCCACGACGCCUUUGAAGGAUAUCUGAGUUCCAAGGUGGAAACAUCUGAUCAACCAUAACCUUAUCAUAGCUGCUGUUACGGUGGGAGAAACCUUCUAAAACUAUUUCUGCAGACUCCAAAUUUUGGCAGUUUUGGGGAUCUCAAAGCAUGGCAGGCAUCACACGGCUCCUGGUUAUUUUAGGAGAGGACAACCAGAUCAAAUUGAACCUUUCAAGUAACAACUUAUCUGUUGAUGAAGUCAUCCAGGAAAUAAAGUGUGUCUGCGGUCUUACGAAUGAAAUACGACUUCAGUACAAUGAUGCUGAUUUUGGCACUUGGGUUAACUUAACUUCAACCUCACAACUCAAGGAUCUAGGCACUUUGAAAGUUAUUCCAGUAGAACCCACUGUUACUUUAUUUUUGGAGCCAGUUGGCACGUCUGUGAAUAAGGCCAGUUUUCUCAGUCAAGAUGAUUCAAGCAUCUCUGCAAGCUCGGAUGACACACUACCCAUAAGCAGUGCUUCCUCUGACACCUAUAGAAAGGAGCAGUGGCCCAAGGUGUUUGUCAUCCCAACUUUCUCUCAUUCAACAGAAUCCCAACUUAGGGAUGGAAAUGCUGAGUAUCAGAGAAGCCAGGCUAGACUCACUCCCAGUUCCAAAAUACUUUCAAACAUUCUGGAAACGCUCGCCGACAAAGUCUAUUCUUACAGAUCCUAUCCUAGCGAUGCAGACUUGAGUGAGGUGGCAGAGGCACUCACACAGACACACCCCUGUCUGAAAGAACCUGGGUCCUUUAACCACAGUUAUGGAUGGAAACAAAGACUUAAGACAAAGAUGUAUAACUAUCGCACAUACCUGAAAUCGCACAGUUCAUCAUCUGAUGAGCUGUCUGUCAAUACAGUGAAAAGAAAGUCCUCGAUGGAUUCUCACCCUGCAAAGAACAUAAAGAAACCCAGGCGAGCUGAGUCUAACCAUUACCCAUCUCUACCUCUCAACAAGACCCCGGAGUUGAUGGAGCAAGAGAGAAUUGCCCUAUUGUCUGAGGUAAAGAAAAGGAACAAUGUCAAAACAAUUAGAGAGAAGAUGGCACAGACGUUCGCAUUUAGGAGGCAAGAAAUUGUCGACAAGAAAACACCUUUGCUCAGUAUCAUUGAAAGAUGGCCGGCACUCAUUGACGUUCAAGAGGUGAACGCAGAGUUCUUGAGAGUAACCACAAUACCACUUGAAGCAAGAUUCAUGCAGAACCUUGAUGAGAAAUGCACUGAAAUGAUAAAGGUUAUCAGAAAGAAGGGAGGAGCCAUUCGGGAGAAGACAAGGCUGCUGCCAGUUGUAGAAAAGGAUACUGACACGGCUACAAAGAGAGAGAUUGCACUUAAAUGUCUCAUCCUUAACAUGGGAGAAGCAGUGGAGGACCUCAUCAAAGAUUUCCUGGUGUCAGAGAAGGAAGAGGCUGAAGCAAUUCUUCAACAGGAAACCAUGGCAAUAUUUGUCUUUAAAGAUGCCCAAGCUGUACCCAAAGACAUUGGCAUCGUACUGGAGGGACAAAAGGUUCUGAGCGAGUUGCCAUCCAUUGCAAAUGCUGUUGCUAUUCUCCUUUAUACCCUCAAUUUGGAAUAUCCAAAGACACUGAAACUGACAUUUGAGUACAUACAGAAAGUCAUCAUGGAGCUGGACCCAAAAGGCAUGACCAAUAAAGUCAAGCGGCUCUACGACCAACUCUACAAUAGAGCUUAAUUCAGGGUUCCCACACAUCCCUGCAAAUGUUUACCCUGCAAUUCAUUUUGUGUUUGAGUAGCUGGCUAUGGUUCGGCAGUUGGUUCAGUAUUUUUAGUAGUAUAAUCUG